AUGGCUCAGCCGCCUUUCGAUCCGUACUACCUCUACCAACAAGAUGAUCGGAGCAACAUCAACACGCUCUUCGUGUCGGGGCUACCGGACGAUGUGAAGGCGCGUGAGAUUCACAACCUCUUCCGCCGCCGCCCCGGAUUCGACUCUUGCCAACUCAAGUACACCGGUCGCGCCAACCAGGUCGUAGCGUUUGCCACGUUUUUCAACCACCAAUCAGCAAUGGCAGCGAUACACGCCUUGAAUGGUGUGAAAUUUGAUCCUCAAACUGGAUCCGUUUUACAUAUUGAACUUGCCAGGUCAAACUCUAGGAGAAAGCGAAAACCAGGUAAUGGAGCCUACGUGGUUAUAGAUAAAAGGUCCAAAGGGGAGCCUGAUGUUCAGGGAUCAUCAAGUGAUGAUGGUGACAGUGACCCUGAUGAACCAUCAGACAGUGACGGCAACCAUGGUGAUCUACCAAUCAUAGCAAGUGAUGAAACGGCUGUUGCUUCUGACAACGCUAUACCCUUGGAGCAACAUCAUAAAGGAAGUGCUGGAGGACUGUGUUCCACUCUCUUUAUCGCAAAUCUUGGCCCAAACUGCACUGAAGAUGAAUUGAAGCAGGCCUUUUCUGUAUAUUCUGGAUUCAACAUGGUCAAAAUGCGCUCUAGAGGAGGAAUGCCAGUUGCAUUUGCUGAUUUUGAGGAAAUUGAUCAAGCUGCUAAGGUCGUGGAGGAGCUUCAGGGAAGCUUGCUUCCAUCAUCAGAUCGGGGUGGCAUGCACAUAGAAUACGCGAGGUCUAAAAUGAGGAAGCACUAG